AGCCACGGCAUACGCUAGUUAUGAUAUAUAUCAUGAUUCUUAUUCUCUCGGAGUUCUUCCUCCUCACUGACGUCUUCCAGACACCGCCGUUACACCCGUCUUCGUCCACCCCUGCCAGUCAAUCCGCCGCCAUCCGCCUCUACCGUAUAUAUAUACCCCACCGUCACAGCCGUCGUCAUCCACUUUAGUGGGCAGAUCCGCCACCGCCGUCAACCAGAACCACCACGGUAGCUCUCUCAGAUGAGAUUGAAAAAACAGAAACGCCAUCGUAAGGUUGUGAGGUUCUACACAGCUUGCUUUGGCUUCCGAGAGCCAUUCAAGGUUCUUUGUGAUGGAACUUUUGUACAUCACCUUCAUGUCAAUUCUAUUACACCAGCCAAUACUGCACUCUCAAAUAUCCUUGGUGCCACCGUAAAAAUAUUUACUACCAGAUGUGUUCUUGCGGAAUUAAAAAGCCUUGGUGAAUCCUAUUCUGAAUCUCUUAAGGCAGCUCGUAACCUCUUUACUGCAAGAUGUGACCAUGAGAAGAGGAAGAGUGCUGUGGCUUGCAUUGUGGAAAUUAUUGGAGAAGACAAUCCCGAACACUUCUUUGUUGCUACUCAGGAUGCUGAUUUGCGGAAGAACCUCCAGGAGCUGAAGGUACCAGGUGUGCCUGUGAUAUUUGGUCUGCGAAAUGCCUUAAUGCUUGAGCCUCCAUCUGCAUUUCAACACCAGUUUGCCAAAUCUACAGAAGAAGAACGUUCACAUAUGACUGAGUUUGAAUAUAAAAUGUUAAGAAUGAAGAAAAAGAACAUGUUGGCCAUGGAGGAAGCAAGGGAGUCAUCUGGUGUGAAUGGAAGUGAAGGUGAUUUAGGGACCCUGGCAGUGAUGAACGCAAACAGUGGAAGAAAGGGAAAAGAAGUGAAGGAUAAAGUUCAGUUCAAGAGAAAGAAAGCAAAGGGUCCAAACCCACUCUCAUCUAAGAAGAAAAAGAAUUGUGGGCAUGCAAAAGCAAAUCUUGUUUCAGAGAAGUCUAGAUGCAGGACAGCAAUGAUGGCAGUGAAACCACAAGAACCAGGAGCAGGAAACGGAAAAGAUUAUGUAAGCAAGGCAAAAAGCUUGAAGUGACAAAUGAUUAACAGUUGUUGGCACGUGGAAAGAGCAUUAAGUGGUGGUUUUCUUGUUAGCUGAUAGCUAAGUGAGUGCAUUAAGUUUACAGACAAAUUGCAGGAAAAGUUAACUGAAUGGCAAGUUGGCUUUUUUUAGGUAGGGAACAUUCUUACUUUUCCUAAAAGCUGACUAGAUUUUUUUUUGGAAGUUUAGAGUUUCAGCAAUUAUAUAACUUCAUGGAAAUGUUUAAAGAUAGAAUUGAUGUCUCUUUGUUUAUUGUGUCUCUGGUUAGUGUGUUUUGUGUCAACAUUGUACAGUGUACCAAUCCUUCUUUUCCCUUUCUGUGGAGGUGGUUUGGACUUA